CUACUGAAUGGAGAUCAUCAAAUGUGUGCUGGUUGGAGAUACAGCUGCAGAAAAGACCUGUCUUUUAAUCUCCUUCACCACUAAUUCCUCCCCCAAGGAGUACAUCCCAACUGUGUUUGACAACUACAUGUCAACUGUCAUGGUGGAUUCCAGACCCUUCACCCUUAAACUGUGUGACACAGCGGGUCAGGAGGACUACGACCGACUCCGUCCCUUAUCCUACCCACAUACCGAUGUCUUCAUCAUAUGUUUCUCCAUCUCUGACCCAGCCUCUUAUGAUAAUGUCAAGCUUAAGUGGUAUCCUGAGGUUUCACAUCACUGCCCUAACGUACCCUUCCUGCUGGUGGGCACAAAAAUGGAAGAGCGAGAAGAUCCAACAGUUUUAAAAAAACUAAAAGAGCAGAAAUUGACUCCUAUCACCAAGCAGCAGGGGGAGGCUCUCGCUCAGGAAAUUGGAGCUACUAAAUACCUUGAAUGCUCGGCUCUAAAGCUAGUCGGAGUCAGGGAGGUAUUUGUGGAGGUGGUUCAUGCCUUUCUGAAUACAAAGCCUGUCCUUCAUGAAAAAUCCUGUAUGCUGUUAUAAAGAAAUGUGAAUAGUUGACCUAUCCAUGCUUUUGUCCACAGGUGCAUUAUUUCAUAUUAGCUAGGGAUGCAGUGCAGUGCUAUGGGAGAUUUUGGCCAAUGGUUAUUUUGUCUACAGUGGCACCUUCCAACCACAAACAUACAAUUUGUUUUAAGUGAUAGACCAACACAAAGUAGAAUAUAAUUAUUAAGUGGAAUGAAACUGACUCCCGGGUGUGAUCCAGAAGUAAAAAAAAAACAA